UUUUAUCUUGCAUUCCGUCUCCUUGCCAUUCACUUUCACAACCUUUACAAUUAACAAUUCAUGAUUCCUCGCGCAAAAUUGCUCCAGCAGCACUCAGGAAUUGCCGCUGCCCGCUUACUGUCGACUAAAUUGGCACACCGGAGCGCAGCGGGGACUUGGCCUUGGACUCGGGGGCUGCCAGGAGCACAACAGCAGCAGCAGCAGGCAAACCAAAUACGGAAGCGCUUUAUCAACGUGCAGUUGCUUUCGGAAGAGCCAACAAGUGCUGGUGCCACUAUCCAGCGGCCGAAUGCAGAGUCGCAGCUGCAUGAUCUGGCUGCCGAUAUGGUAGCGGCGCUGGAGGCAACACAGUCAGCGGUGCUUUCUCGGUGGGCCAACCGCAUACGCACACUAUGCACUGGCCACGGCUCCGGGGGCAAAGUCGGCGUUAUUCACUCCGGGCCACACUCAAAUGCUGUGGUUUCUGCAAAGGGCGCCAACAUCGAUUACAUAAGUUUUAUGGAUGCCGAGGCAUCCAGCACAAGCAACGACGCGUUUGUUGACUGGCUUUACUCCUGCGACCGCGUUGUCAUAGUUGCUGAGCGUGCAAAACUCGUGCAGACACUGGCUAGCUCAGCGAUGAUUUACGCUGCGCUGCGGUUGCACCCUGGUGUCGUGCUUAUUGUGGAGGGCCUUGAGGUUAGCUGCGAUGCUGUGGAUGCUUUUUCGGGUCUGCUGCGCGAGUCGCUGCAGAUGCUGGGGGUUGUAUCGCCGACGACAGAUAAUGGUGUAUUCUCCGUUGCUCCUGCCGAAGAUGUGCGCUCUGUGUUGGAGAGAUUGCACAAAGAGCGUGCCCACAGCGGGCUCUUGGCCAGUGCAAUCAGUGCUGCUAUAGCUAGCGCAGAAACCGGGUAUGUGUCGGCGCCAUUUUUGCCUGGCUCGCCAACAGUUGCCUCGAACGGACGCAUUCCGUCGCCCACUUUCUCUUCAAGAAUCAUGCAGUUUUUGUCAGCGCACAGCCAACAAGAUGCGGAGACUACGCAUAUGACUGCGACCAGCAAGGUUAUCCAGCGAGACUUUGAAUGCGGCGAUCUUACAACCGUCGAUGCCAGCGCUGGUGUCAUCAAGUAUCGCACCCAGCAGUGGUUCGCCAGCGGCAAAGUGUGGCAGGCGCUGUUUAUGCGUGUGUAUGAGGUUGCCGACAACCUUAUAGACAAUGCCAUCCUUGACCGCUCGUUUGAAGCCGCCGAUCUGGGCAUGAUCCACGCCGCUGGCCGUCUCAACGAGUCCAUUCCCCGGGUGGCUGCCGAAAUGGCCAACGAACUGGAAAUGCUUUCUCGCAACCCUGCUGCAAUUGAAUCAAUCGACUCUUCGGCGCUAGAAUCGGCAAUCAGGGCGCUGCGUGCUAUGGCCUGCCAGGCCGACUGCGUAGAUCAGUUUGUGCUAGCGCAGCACGUAUGGGCUGCGCGCAAGGAUCUGGUAGACAGUGACGUGCUGGAAAAUAUCCCCAGACACAUGCACUGGUCGCUAUCGCAGUUCUGGGCAAUUCACGCCAGCGCAUUUGCAAGCGCCACGACUGCAUCGGUGUACUUUGAAUUGCCCCUGCAGUAUGCUGCGACUGGUGGUCUGGGCCUGUCGCUGCUGGCAUUUGUCUGGCUCGGAAGACGGUGGAACCAGCUUGAGCGCAUUGUGUACGGCCAAUUGGACGCCCAGACAAGCUCUUUGCGGAAGGAGCUCAUUGACGCUCACAAGCAAGUUCUCGAGACAAAGCUUGAUAAGCCAAUUAUUGCGUCUCUCCAAGGCAUUACUGACUCGCAGCAACUGAUUUCUAAGUCCUUGUCGCCAAAGCAUGACGACACCAGUUUCACUUGCGAUGCCAUUCCUUUAUCAGAGUGGAAGUCACGGCUGGAGUCAGCAACAUUCAAAUCCUCGUAAUAAAAAUUAGGCUGCUAUAAACAAUAAAAUAAAUAGAAAAAUAUUUUUG